AUGAUGUUCCUGUGUGCGCUGGCGCUCUUCAUGUGCGCCACCCAUUCAAGGAAAUGGAAGCGUAAGUGGAGAGCAUGUUAUGGCUAUGGUGAUCAACAUGACCCUGUUAUUCAACUCAACCAUGAAGAGUUUGAUCAGAGUUACCAUUUUGGAGGUGUUGAUCCAAGCACAUGUAGUGGUGAAGUCUCAAUCUGGAAGAAGAAUAUAAUCAUGGGUGGAAAGUGCCAGCUUCCUGAAUUUUCUGGUGUCAUUAUUUAUGAUACUGCUGGAAAUUUAGUUAAUCCCAAAGCUCCUCGUCCUCUUGCUCUUCCAUGGAAAGAAUAG